AUGUCAUCAACCCAAAUCUUGCCAGACAAUUUUUCAAAUAAUGAGUCUUCUGAAAGUAAUUUAUGUGGACUGGUAGGAUUAAUUAUCGCGGAAACAUCUUUGCACGAAGUGAGAAAAGGUUCUUCUAAAAUAGGCCGCGAUGCCGAAUUAUGUUCUAUUGUAUUGGAAAAUGAUACGAUAUCAAAAAUUCAUUGUGUAAUUGAGAGUGAAGGAAUUGAUAGUACUUUUAUAUAUGAUGUGGGUAGUACAAAUCGCACUAAACUUGGAAAGAUUUACUUAAAACCACAUGUUAGAUAUAAAUUGGAGCAUGGAUGUUCUAUAAUGUUUGGAAAUUUAAUCGUUAAGUUUAUUGUACCAUUCACUUUAUCUAACAAUAAUAUUUUCAACAAAGUUUUAAGUGUAGAACAACCAGGUAAUAAUACUUCAAAUGUUAAAACUAUUUUUGAUCUUGAAACUCAAGUUGAAAUUUUUAAGUCGCUGGACGACAUCAUCCCUAAUCCUACUCUUUCAAAAACAACAGAAAAUUUAAUUACCCAUCAAAGUAAUUCACAAUGUCAAACAGAGAAACUGAAUUCAAACUUAGAGAAUUUUACUUGUAAAGAAACUCACAAUUGUAAUGAAGAAUUUCAAUCUACUCAAAAAAAAAUAAACAAGGAUAAGAGUACGACUCUUACUUUAUCUAAUGACCAUAGUUUAAAUUCUGAAAUUGAUGAGAAUAUAUUUAAUUUAGAAACACAAUGUCCAAAAUUAAUGCUCUCUAAUAAUGAAAGUCAGUAUAAGUUACAAAAAGAUUCAAAAGAAAACUUAGUAACUUCAAAUGACAAAGAGAUUAUCAAAGAAAAAAGUUUUUUAAUCAAUAAAAAAGAUUCAGAAAAAAAUUUAUUAUUGAAUCAAACAGAUAAAAAUAAAAAUAGUUGUUUAGAAUUAUUAAAAAAUACAUUUUCUGAAAAAACUAAUGAAUAUGUUUGCAAUGAAAAUACUAAAACUAAUGAAGUUACUAAUGAAAACGAAUUUAUAAUUGAUAGAAAUUCGCAAAGGACAAUGGAGGAAAAGAAUUUACUAAAAGAAAAUUUUGUUUCAUCUAAAUUAAUUUUUAAUGAGGAAACCCAAGAAGAAUACUCAAAUAAUAAAACUUCAAAUAUGGUGGUUCAUAAUUGUAAAAUAGUAAAUGAGAACGAAAGUAUUGAAAAAAAUAAUUCUAGUGCUGAAAAUUUUCAAAAGAGUUUAAAAGUUAUAAACCUUUCAGAAAAAUCAAUGCAUGAAGCUAUUAGUGAAAAUAAUAAUGAUCAAAGGCAUAUUAAAAAUGACUGUAAAUCAGUUUCUUCAGAUAAAGAUUAUUUUUUACAAUACAGUGAAAGUACUUGCAAAGAUUUAAAAGAUAAAAAUGAUGGUGUAAACUGUGAAAAUAAAUUAACUUCUUCUGCGAGUGAUGAUGAUUUAAGUGAUGAUACUCAAUCUUAUCUUGAGAUAACACUACAAAACUCUAAUGAACUUAAUAAAUUUAAUCUUAUAAAUUCUUCCUUUAAUAAAAGGUCAAUAGAGAAUAAUAAGUCUGAAGUGGAAAAAAACUUACUGAAUAAUUCUUUAAGUCAAAUUAUAAACAUAUCCUUAAAUCGAAAAUCAACAGAUUAUAGUAAUGGUUAUGACAGUGAUAGCAGCGAAUCAUUUAUUUCGUCUCCAAAUGUUAACAAAAAAGAAUCAUUUUUUGUAAACAUUCAUAAUAGAUAUGCAAAAAAAAACAUUGAUUUGGUUGGAAAUUCUUUACCAACUAGUCUUGAAUCAUCGCAAGAUUUCAUCGAGACAAAUUAUGAAAAUAAAUUGUGCCAUCAAAAACUAUCAACCACCUCCUGUGCCUUAGUGAAUUCAUUUAAAAAUAUUAAAAGUCCUUCGAAUAAAAAUUUUGUGGUUCCAGAAACUCCUGAUUACGAUGAUGAUGAUGAUGAUAAUACUUUAUCUGAUUUAGAAUUAAUUGAAGACACUCCAAUUAUAAAAAAUAUUCAGCUAAUUCAUUCUAAUAUUAAAAAAAAUUUAAAUGAACCACUCGAGGUGUGCAAAACUUAUUUAGAAUCUGAAAAUAAUAGUGAAGACAGUAAUGAUUCUUAUGUAUUUCAAAUUAAUCCAGAAAAUGAUGUUGGAGAUAAGGAAACAUCGAAAGAUUUUAAAAAUAAAAAUAAUCAAAUUACAAAUGUAGAAGUUAUUGAUGAUGUUUUACCCAUCGAAAGCAGUAAUGAUGAAAAACCUGAAUUUAGUUUACACGAUUCAGUGCGAAAAACUGCCACAAAUGAAACUUCAAAUUAUUACAAAAAUUUAAUCAAUGAAAAAUCUUCAAUAUUUCGAGAAUUGAAAAAUAAUUUUAUAAAUUUUUUCGAACGAAGUCAUAAAUUAAACGUCGAUUCGGAAAUGAAUAAAAAAACAAAGGAAAAUAAAGAAAAUACAAGUUUUGAAACCGGAAAUGAAAACGAGAGUAAUUUUGAUAAAAAUAAAUUUUUAUUAAACAAUUCUUCGUUUUCCAACAGCGAAGAAGAAGAAGAAGAAAAAAAAAAUCCGUUGAAAAAUACAAAUAAGAAUGAGUAUUUAAGGAAUUGUAAUUUAAAAACAAAAAAAUUAUUCAAUUUAAAAACAAGUAAUUGUUCAGUUGAAAAUUUGAAAAAAAGUCCGUUGAAACGUAGAAAUAGCAGCGAUGAUGAUGAUGAUGAUGAAAUCUUCAAAAAUUAUAAAAAAUCAAAAAUAGAAGGAAAAUUAUUAAGCAUAGAUCAAAAUAUAAAAAUGGCGGCCACUUCGAAAACAAAUAAACUGUUCGGGGAAUCAGAAUCGUCGGAAAAAGAUUCUUGGAAAACUCGACAUUUAAGACAUUCGCGUUUUUUUAACGGAAUCCACGAUCAAAAUCCACGUCUCAAUAUUGCAUUCACCGGUUUCGAUAAUUGUAAUUUGGAUAAAAUUAUUAUUAAUUUAGGUGGUAAUAAAACAAACGAUAUAACAAAGUGCCACGUUUUAAUAACGGAUAAAGUUAGGCGAACUAUUAAAUUUUUAUGUGCCAUCGGUUUAUCGAUACCAAUAACUUCUCCACGUUGGUUACAAGAGUGUAAAAAAUCAAAUAAAUUUUUAAAUCCGUGGCAUUUUAUUUUAAAAUGCGAAGAAUCUGAAAAGAAGUGGAAUUUCAAUUUGGAAACGACUUUGGAAAAAUCGAAGAGACAAAAAAUUUUAAAUGGUUUUACGGUAUUUGCCACGCCGAACGUUACGCCUCCGGUCGAAGACAUUUUGGCAAUCGCCGAGUGUUGCGGAGCAAUUUCCGUACCGCACAGACCGAAAAAAUGGCGUAAAGAAAUUAUCGUCGUGUCGUGUUCGGAAGAUGAAAAACAUUGGCCAUCAUCACAAAUCAAAUCCGUUAAAAUUGUUCACAGCGAAUUUAUACUCAGUGGAAUUCUUCAGCAAAAACUCGAUUUCGAAACGUACAAAUUGAGAUGA